GAUCUCAUCAAAGGAGAAAGAGGGAGUGUUCCCAUCCCCUAACUACCUUGGAGACAACGCUGUCUAAGGUGUACUUGGUUGCAGAUUACAGAUUUGCUGUUUCAUUUACUUAACCUCUUACUCCGCACCCACAGCCUUGAGACUUAGCAAAUGAUUUCAAACAUGUUUGAAAUAAUGUUCCGAGUAGCUGUUUUCAUAUUUGGAAUAAUCUUAUAUUAUGUUGAUUAUGGGAUUGCAAGUGUAUGUCUGAUCCCUCUGAUGGUGUUUCUUCUGUUUCAAAAGAAAAGCAGCAAAUUUAAUGCACAGGGCAGGGCCAUAUUCAUUACAGGCUGCGACAGUGGUUUUGGUUAUCAACUUGCCAAGCGUUUGGAUAAAAAGGGAUUCAUUGUGUUUGCUGCCUGUUUAUUACCUGAGGAAAAGGGAGCUAAAAAUCUAGUGAGCGAAUGUUCCAGUCGCUUAAAGGUAAUUAAAGUAGAUGUUACACGGGAUGAAGAUGUGGCUGAAGCAAAACAAAUUGUGGAAAGCAAUUUACCUGAGAAGGGUCUUUGGGGUGUUGUCAACAACGCUGGAAUUUCAAACUGGGCAGAAACGGAAUGGUCCACGAUUCAAGACUAUCAGACAAUCAGUGAUAUAAAUCUGUUUGGGAGUAUCCGGACAGCUUUAGCAUUCAUACCUCUGAUUCAGGCAUCAAAAGGUCGUAUGGUUUUCAUGUCCAGCAUUUCUGGUAUCAUCUAUUUUCCUGCUACCAGUAUGUACAGUCUUACUAAAAAAGCAAUUGAGGCGUUUGCAGACUGUUUACGGCUGGAAAUGGCCUGCUAUGAUGUAAAGGUCUGUAUAAUUGAACCAGGAAACUUUGCAGGUGCAACAAAUAUUCAGAGGGAAAAAACGGCUGAUGAAAUCUGGAAUAAAUUUGAUGAUGAACAAAAAAAAAGGUUGAAUCGUAAAAUUGUAGAGUAUUGUUGUCAUCAGGUCAACAAACAUCUAAAGAAUGGAAAUAAGAACAGCGAUCCUGUCAUUGAUGCCAUUAUAGAUGCUCUUACAUCUCCUUCUCCAAAAGCAAGAUACCUGGUUGGAAACGUGUAUGAAAAGAUAUGUGUUUGCCUGUUUACUCACUCACCUACAUUUAUUACUGAUGCUUUUAUAAAGUGGGAUGAGCUAUACCAGAAAAAAAGAUCUUUGCUCUUGGCUUGAACAGGUAACUUGAAGUAAAUUACCUGACUGGAAAUAUGUAAAUAUUCAUGAAGCCCUGAAUAUGUAUCUUAUGUUUUAAUCAACAACUAUAUGUAGUAAAUUCACUUCUCUAUUAAAUACCACUUGUCUCUGUGUAAGGUGAUUCAAUAUUCAUAGCCACCACUGUACUUCCCAUUGAGGAAACACAUCCUGACACAGAGGAAGGGCACUAUCAGGCAUUAAAUAGUGUUUGGAUGAUAGUGGGUCCUCUUGAGGAGGGAGUUAAUUGCUUUUAUACUUCAGUGUUACUAUAUAUCCUCAAUAUGAACUGCUUGUUUAGUGUGCAUGUUAAUAAGUACAGUUGACUUUGCCUUUUGUGGUACAAGAGUGUGUUCUCCUGAGAACUUUAGGUUUUAUCACCCGAAAAGUGAGGAACGAUGUGACACUCUUAUACCAUAAGAGGCACAGUCAAUUGUACAAAGUAACUUCUUAUCAUGUAAAUCAUGUUUUAAUUAAAAUAAAAGAUUGUAUUACCUAGUUAAUGCCAUUAUCCAUGUCUUUAGAAUUGUUUUCAGUUGGUAGUGUACCAAGCACAAGGCGAUAGUCACAGCAAAAUAAAAUGUACUGGAAUGUGCUUCA